CAGCACUGCCUCUCAUUCCUGUACCGGAGAAGCUUGGUGCAGUGUGUUUGUGAAUGUGGUUAUCCACUCUCUACAUGCCUUGUGGGAACGACAGGUGAAGAUCCAGGAUGGAGGUUUUUAUCGUGGGGAUCUGCAUCGCAGUAUGUGGAAACUUUCUCAUCAGCAUCUCCUUGAAUAUCCAGAAAUACACGCAUGUGCGGCAGUCGCAGCGAGGGACUAAGCCGUACUACACCAGCCGUCUGUGGUGGUGCGGGAUCCUGCUGAUGGGUUUGGGGGAGCUGGGGAACUUCGCUGCGUAUGGAUUCGCUCCGGCGUCACUCAUCGCUCCUCUUGGCUCUGUGUCUGUCAUCGCGAGUGCCGUCAUUUCUGUGGUGUUCCUCAAGGAAACGUUACGUGCUUCAGAUAUCCUCGGAGGUGCUUUAGCGCUGACCGGAACCUACUUUCUGGUGACAUUCGCCCCUCAUUCAUCGCCUCACGUCACGGCCAACAUGGUGGAGCGCUCGCUGGUCAGCUGGACCUUCCUGAUUUACUUCAUGUUUGAAAUGAUUCUCUUCGCUAUCCUGAUGUAUUUGUACAAGUGCAGGAACAUAAAACACAUUGUGAUCAUGAUGAUUUUGGUGGCGUUACUUGCUUCGGUGACGGUGAUCUCGGUGAAAGCAGUUUCAGGAAUGAUCACAGAGACGAUCCGUGGAAGUCACCUGCAGCUCACCUAUCCCAUCUUCUAA